AUGACGAGUAAUAAUCCUACAUAUCAAGCUCAAAAUCCCAGCGGACCUGGACAAACCCCUCAAUACACUCAAUAUCAGCAACCACAAAGUUACCAACAACACUCUCAAGGAUAUCAACAAUCCACCUACCAAGAGCAACCGUACCAGCAAGAUCCAUAUACGCAAUCCUAUUCUGCACAGCCUCAAACCCAACAACUCGCCUAUCAAAAUCCCUCUUAUCAAAGUGAUCAAUAUCAGCAAACCACCUAUCAGAACACUUCAACUACGUGGGCUCCACAAGACAACCAGCAGCAAGAGUUCCAAACACAAUAUCAAACCGUGCAGCCUGCACAGCUUACACAACACUCGCUCCAAGGUCUACCUGCCCCUGGAAGAGAUAAUGUGAACGUGUAUUUGCGAGAAGAUCAGAAUUUCGAGAGAGUGCCGCAAGGAUUGGAGACGAGACGUGAAGCCAGACUCCAAGAAUGGGAAAGAGGAUGGAAUGCUGCGGGACGUAGAUGA